UGACAGAGCCACAGAGCUAGAGGGGCACCUAGAAAUCACGUCUGUCAAAGACGUGAGGGGCGCGUAAUAUAGCGAGAAAUUUCUCCCAACGUUACAGUGUAGUAUCGUCAGGAUGUGCGGCGUUACUUUACUGGUACUCCUGUCGGUUUUGCCGGGCCUGUGUCUGGCGGACCUGUCCACCGCUCCCAUCACCACCGACUGGAUCCCCAGGGUCAGCCGCAAGAUGACGACUUUCGCCGAGUCCCAAACCGGCGCGAUGCAACUGGUCAAGGCGUACGACAAGAAACUCAACUUCACCGAGAUUCAGAUCGACGGCGAAACGCAGCUCCAUUUGAUGACCCGGGCAGCAGGAGACCGUCUGAAGAAGUGCCGGGAGAUCCUGAACAGGAACAAGGCUGAGAUAGAAGCCUCUUAUGCACAGGGCCCGGCAGGGGGCGCUUCUGUCUCGGACUGCUGCGACAACCUCGGCCAGCUGGAGUACGACCCGAGGUUCCUGCAGCAGAUCGUCAACGACAGCUGCGCUACUUUCACUGAUGGUACUGCAGAAACCAAAAUCCGGCAGCAUGUGUACGACACCAUGAAGUCCAACAUACAUGAGAUGUCCGGGGUGACCUGGCAGUAUUAUGGCGCCAAAGAGGGCGAGUAUCACCAGUUCCCCAAGAGCGGCAGGUCAUGUGAGGGCAACGAUCACAGGUUCAGAAACUGGUACGUAAGCGCCGCCUCACCUAAGAAGAAGAACGUGGUGAUUGUGAUGGACGUGAGCGGGUCCAUGCGGGAGCCUCCAGGACCAGAGGAGAACAACAGGCUCAACCUGUCCAAGCAGGCAGCUCUGACGGUACUGGACACCCUCACACCUAGGGACUGGGCAGGUGUGGUAUCUUUCAGUGCCCGAGCAAAAGCACCAGAAGGCUGCCUAGGAGACAGUCUGGGAGAAGCCAACCCUACAAACAUCGGAAUCAUGCAGAACUUCAUCAACCAACGUGUGCCUGAGACUAUAACCGUGUACGCUGAAGGGUUCAAAAAAGCAUUCAACAUGUUCCAUGAGGCUAAAAACAAGAAACCGGAACAGUUUGAUGACUGCUACAACAUCAUCAUUUUCCUGACUGACGGACAGCCAACAGACACCUACUUCUCAUUGGACGAAAUUGCUAAAGGCCAGGGCCUCAUGGAACGUUCUGUGCACAUCUUUACCUACGGGCUGGGCUUAGCUCUCCAAACGGCCAGUAGCGGCUGGGCCCCGGACCCCAACAACCCCUGGGUGAAGUUACCUGCAUUGGACUUCCUGGCUACGAUCGCGGAUCAGAACAAUCAUCAGAUCCCGGGAGCUGUGGAGUGGACGAACGGAUAUUGCGCAAAUCAAAUGUACGGAUCGUGCUUCAGCGCAAACAGGGAUCCGCAAGGCGUGGGACCAUUGGGCAGGACAGAUUACAUAGACGACAACCAGGGCGACAAACUAAAGACCAUAAUGGGCAGCUACUACGACUUCUUCCCGUCUGACAACCCUGAGCCGACCUACUCUGUGCCAACCAACGAUGAGCAUCUUGGUCUGGUGAUAAACGCCGCCCUCCCCACCAUUGACACAGCUGGCACGUUUUUCGGAGUGACAGCUGUGGACAUCUCCAUGGACGUCGUGUUUCAUGAGAUCGCCAACUUCAACAUCGGCCGAUAUUCAUAUGCUUUCCUGGUGGACAGAGAGGAUGGCCGAGUGCUCAUCCACAGCAACCUGCCCAAACCCAUGGAGUGGAGGUCAGAGCCGACGUUCCUCGGUCUGGAAGCCAUGGAGUCAGCUCUCAGGUCACGGGAGAUCAACAAGAUUCUGAAUGGAGACACUGGAGACUACUAUAUUGACGUAAUACCCGAGAACAACGUGGGCGACCUGUACCACCGUCUGGACCUGCUGUACAUGAACAACGCCACCGGCAACACGCAGUUCUGCAGACUGUAUGACGAGUACGCCACGCCUGAUAAGUCAACUGUUAUGUUCCCACCAGAGGCCUACGCUGAUCCAAUCAACUACCUGAACAACUUUGAGACGUUUAAAGGUGUUGCCGACAUCGAACUCUUCAUCAACGACUUUGCCGGCUCUAUGGCUAAUCCAGGGUUGCUAGAUGGCAUCCGAACUGACGUGGUCCUGUCUGCUGAGAUCGAGCAGUACUGGAGGGAACACGAUCAUGACUCCCUCUGGAGAUACUUUGGCACAGAAAACGGAGUGUUCAGGAUUUUCCCCGGGACCAUCACAGACAAGCGUUACGACCCAACCCGCCAGACAUGGUACAAGCGCGCCCUGAGCAGACCUAACGACUACACCUUCUCCCGUCCGGUCCCCAGUCCGUUCGGCGGAGGCAACAUGGUCACCAUCAGCAGAUUGAUAUUCCACACCGAAAAGCAAGAGAUCAUGGGAGUUAUCGCUGCUGACAUCACGGAGAAGUACUUCUACUCCAUGCUCUACUCAGAGGUUCCCGAAUGCCUAUCGGAUGAAUAUGACUGUUUCAUGUUGGAUGACAGUGGAUAUUUCAUGGAAUCGUUGGACAACACCACCAUUUACUAUCUGUCAACGUUCGACAACAACACCCGGAACAUGGAGCACGACCACCUGACUCACAGGUUCCCAUGGCUCGCAAAGUACCUCAUCGUCCAUGGACAAUAUCUCAGGAGAGAAUGGUGCAACAACUAUGCCACCCAGAAUUCACAAAUGUUUUACGACACAACCGGGUUCAUCGGCCUGGAGGUCACCACCGGCCCGCCGUGUUACCAGUUCGCCCUGCAUCCCAUCAACGCCACCAACACGUUCAUUCUGACGCUGCACAACCGACAAACCUACAACUGUGACGACCGGCCUAACGACCGGCCUAUCGUAGUCGGCGGCAACCAGGUUUGGGACAACAGUCUGGUUGUACAUCUUCGCUUGCUUGCGGCGCUAUGGAGUCCCUCCCUCGGGGACCUGUCCACCGCUCCCAUCACCACCGACUGGAUCCCCAGGGUCAGCCGCAAGAUGACGACUUUCGCCGAGUCCCAAACCGGCGCGCUGCAACUGGUCCAGGAAUAUGACGACAAACUCAGCUUCACACAGACUCAGAUCGAUGGUCAGAACGAGCUGCAUCUGCUGACGCAGGCAGUAGGAGACCGUCUGAAGAAGUGCCGGGAGAUCCUGCACAGGAACAAGGCUGAGAUAGAAGCCUCUCAUGCACAGGGACAGAUGGGUGGCAACCCUGUUACUACCUGCUGCGACAACCUCGGCCAGCUGGAGUACGACCCGAGGUUCCUGCAACAGAUCGUCAACGACAGCUGCGCUACUUUUGAUAAAGGUACGCCAUGCGAACACGAAAAAACGGCUCUUCACAACACUUCGAACACAAUCCGACCAAACGUCUACGACACCAUGAAGUCCAACAUACAUGAGAUGUCCGGGGUGACCUGGCAGUAUUAUGGCGCGAAAGAGGGCGAGUAUCACCAGUUCCCCAAGAACGACAGGUCUUGCCAUGGCAACGCCCACAUAUUUAGAAACUGGUACGUCAGCGCAGCGUCACCGAAGAAGAAGAACGUGGUGAUCGUCAUAGAUGUCAGUCUGUCCAUGGAUGAUGCAAACCGAAUCAACUUGGCCAAACAAGCAGCUUUGACGGUCCUCGACACGCUAACAGCGAGGGACUGGGUAGGAGUUGUGUCCUUCAGUAAUGAUGUCGAGACACCAGCAGGCUGUCUUCGAGACAGUCUUGGAGAAGCGAAUCAAGGAAACAUCCAAAUCAUGCGAGACUUCAUCGACAGCCUCAGUCCUAUUUUUUUGACGUACUACGCCAAAGCCUUCGACAAGGCCUUCGACAUCUUCGUUGAAGCUAAACGUAAAAAACCGGAACAGUUUGAGGACUGUCACAACGUCAUCAUCUUCCUGACAGACGGAGUGCCGACAGACCCGCAGGAUGUUUUGGACACGAUCACUGAAGGACAGAAUCGCAUGGACCGGAGUGUUCACAUUUUCACCUACGGCCUGGGCGACGACAUUCAAGUUGACCUCAGCGGCUGGUGCCAUGAGCCUAAUGGUUUGUUUACAGUGGGGAUACCGGCAUUGGACUUCCUUGCUACCAUCGCAGAUCAAAACAACAGGCAGAUCUCCAAUGCGGUGACAUGGACAAAUGAAGACUGCAGGCAGGACACGUAUGGCUCGUGUUACGACACAUACAGAGAUCCACAGGGAGUCGGUCCACCAGGCAGAACUGACAGCGUAGGUGACGGUCGGGGAGACAGGCUUGUGGCAAUGAUGGGAAGCUACUACGACUUCUUCCAGUCGGAGCCAGAACCGACGUUUUCCGUGCCCACCAAUGACGAGCAUCUUGGUUAG